GCCCCCGCCAUGGCAGCGUGCCUCAAUGCCUGGCUUCGAUGUACCUCCCAGGGAGAGGAGGCAGUAGGACAUGCAUUGGGACGAAUGGCUAAGGUGAGUUCCCGCAACCCUUGGAAGUGUGUUUUGAUCAGUCUGCUGGGCUGUCUCCUGUGUGGCCUUGGCGUCUUACGCUUCAAUGCCGUGAGCGAGGCUCGAGAGUUGUGGGUAGAUCAAGGCUCGCAGCAAAUGAAGAAUUUGGACUGGGUGGAGGGAUACUUCGCGGCUAGAGGUCGGAUUUGUCGCUUGAUCAUCACUGCCAAGGAUGGAGGAAAUGUCCUUGAGCUUGAAAAGAUGCGAGAGGUCUUUCAAGUGGCUGAUGAUGUCAGGGCUUUAGUGGAUGGGAAUGGCAAGGUGUUCGCGGACUUUUGCGUCCUCUCACAGAACUUAUGCUUCAACGCGGGCGUUUUGCGUUACAUUGGAAACACCUCAGACUUCAACGAGACCAUUGAAAGUACUGCUGACGUACUGAGUGCCAUCAAUGCUGAGAGGUAUCCUGAUGGCGCAGAUGCAUAUCCAUCUGAUAGCCUAGGAGGCAUCCAGAGGAAUGCCAGUGGCAGCGUGAUCAGCGCUGCAGCGCUUCGUGUUGACUUCAUCCUUCGCUUAGACCAUGCCGAUGAGGAACUUAAGAACUGGGAACUCUCCGUCACGGAGCUCUUCACCGAAAAUCAACUGAGCAAACAGAGCUAUUCCAGGGUGAAUGUCUUUGUGAAUGCCAAGCGAUCCCAGGAUGAUGAGCUGAGUCGAACCGUUCAGGCAGACAUUCCCUUGUUCGCAGUGGCAUUUGUCCUAAUGGCCACUUUCUGUGCGAUUUUCCUUGGGAAAGCCGCCAGUUGGACCCAAAGCCGAAGGUUGUUGGGUGCCGUGGAAUUCUACCUGGUGCUCUUCGGAUGUAUCGCGGGCUACGGAACUGCCAUGCUUCUGGGAGUCCCCUUCACAGUGCUGCAGCAAAUCUUGCCCUUCAUUUUGGUGGGCAUCGGCAUCGAUGAUGCCUUCGUGAUUUCUGGGGCCUUCGAUGCCACGGAUCCAUCGCUGGGCUUUCCGGAGCGGAUGGAGAAAGCCAUCCAACGCGUGGGCGUCUCCAUUACCCUCACGAAGGUCACGUCCCUGGCGGCCUUUUUGCUGGGGGCAACUUGUGCCUUUCCUUCGGUGCAGUACUUUUGUUACUAUGCCUCCACUUCUGUCUUCUUCAUUUGGCUCUUGCACUUGACCACCUUCUGCGCCCUACUGACCCUGGAUGCUCAACGACAACGUGCCAAGCGCUUGGAUCCCUUCCUUUGCGUUGCCGGAUCCAGGUGCCUCCCAGCGCUAAAGGAUGAGGAAACUCAGAGGGAACCACUUGGUGAAGUCCUGGCAGCAAUGAUUCGUCUGCUGACAGGCAAUGUCAUCGGGAUUGUGGUCACCAUCCUGAUCUUCCUGGCGGUGGCGUGCGUGUCGGUCUGGCAGGUGAGCUCGGGACUGUCGACAGACUUUAAUAUCAUGGAUCUGUCACCAGACCAGAGCUUUCUGCGAGAUUUCUACAACAUGGAGCAGGAGCACUUUGGAGGCUUGUCCACCGGAGGUUUGGCCUUACCCACGGCCUACUAUGUGCAGGACGUGGAUUUCAGCACGGUUGAGGUACAGCGAUACCUUGAAGAGCUUGGUGCGGAGAUAGUGGCUUUGGACGGAGUCAACCAGGAUCGCGGUCUCAAGAGUUGGCACAGCGUCUUCACCCUCUGGGCCAACGACCACCGUGGGACCAAGGCAUCUCUCCCCACAGGUGCCUUCGUAUCGAUGGAGACCAACCGAACGGGAUGCACAGCAGCAUUGCCUGCGGGAGUCACCAGCUGUGCCAGUGCUUUCCUGACCGGAAGUACCUUUGCCACGGCGGUCAGGGAGUUUUUGACUAGCAGGAUGGGAAGCCAAUUUGAAGAUGAUGUGAUUUUUGUAGAGAACCAGAUCAAGGUGGCACGUUUGCGUGCCGUGCAUAUCGAUACCGUGAACAGCAACCAACAGGUUGAACUGCUAGAAGAGACAGAAAGGUUGUCGGAGGCAUGGCAAGGGAAAUUGCCUGGGAGCUUUAUGAGUGCACAGGCUUACAUCUUCUUUGACCAAUACAGGAUCAUUGUGGCUCAGAUGACCAGUAGCAUUGGCCUGUGUCUGGGAGCCGUCUUGGUGAUUAGUGCCCUUGUGCUUGCACAUCCACUGUCCGUGCUGAUUGUGAUCAUUGUGCUUGCUUUAGUCUUUAUGGACCUGAUUGGCAACAUCAUUUUGUGGGGCUUAGAUUUGAACUCCAUUUCCAUGAUCAACUUGGUGAUGGCCGUUGGCCUGGUCAUCGACUACUCCAUGCACAUGGCUCAUAACUUCAGCCUUCAGAACAGCGCGCUGUCACGGAAGAAACGAGCAGAACUAGCUGUUCGCGAGAUGGGUCAACCCAUUUUCUUGGGGGUUUGCACCACAUUUUUGGCCAUCCUUCCUUUGGGCUUUUCCUCUUCGCAGGCAUUCCGGGUUUUCUUCAAGAUGUUCUUUGGCAUUGUUCUCGCUGGAGGUGCGCAUGGUCUGAUUUUCCUGCCCGUGCUCUUAUCCUUUAUGGGCCCUACAAUGAGCGUGGAAACAGACUCCGUCGAGGCGAUUUCCAACGUGGAGGAUGCUUCAAAGAAAAGUGCCAAUGCUGAAAAAGAGGAGAUAAAAACACAAGAUGUAUGAACGGUUAUGAUUAUGAUUGUAAAAUAUAUUUGAUGACUUCGGUCUCGCAGAUAUGUGCUCAAAGGCACACGUGUUGUGGGACAAUUUUUGUCACCGGAGCUUGCAUGUAAAACACAUGUAUUGUGAUUCGGCUGAACAGCAUUUUUGAGAUUAUCUGAUUUCAUCGCGGACAAUGAAUUUCUCAUUGUCUGACUGAGUGGAAUUGAGAGUGUGCAUCCUCUAUUUGGCCGGCAAUUCCCGCUUGAUGUCACGCCAUAAGGAGGUCGUGGUAUUUUGCAGGGCGAAGCAAACUCGGCUGCUUAAAA